AUGUCACCAAGCGACGCUCUGGACGACCUCAAGAAUCUCUCCCCAUUGGAACUCGAAUUCUCUCCUUCCGCUGGCGACACGGAAGCUCACGUUACCCAAUCCGAGUCUGCCGCAUUGAAAGCCCUCAAGCUGGAAAACUCCAAUGAGGCUUUGGGGACCAUCACGGCCGCCUCCGAUCUCGCAGAUGACUCUCACUUCGGGGAUUUUCGGUUCGAGUACCAGAAUCCAUUAGAAGACUCUCCUAUGGAUGGCCUACCGUCUACCUUCGAUGAUCACGCCCCCGAUGUGUUCACGACAUCUCAGCGGCCUUCGAUAGCGUCGAUGCCGGACCGACAGGACUCGGUAACGUCCAUCACCGUUCAAACCUCGGGCUACGGCGGUGCCAAUGGUCCACGGCGGACCAGUCCGGGGGUUUCUGAAAAUAGUACGCCGGACAGCAACGGCAAUGGCGCCAAUUCGUUGGAGGAGCCGAUGUCUGAUGAGUUCGGUCUUGCCACGGGCGGCCUGGGAGGUGGAACCGACAUGGGGGGGAAGUCUAAAGGGGAGAAGGCCGAUACUGCGCCCGCAUGGAGCGAGCUCAAAACCAAGGCCGGAAAGGAGAGGAAACGCUUACCGUUAGCUUGCAUUGCAUGUCGCCGAAAAAAGAUACGCUGUUCCGGCGAGAAACCUGCAUGCAAGCAUUGUCUCCGGUCACGCAUUCCUUGCGUCUACAAAGUCACAGCACGGAAGGCUGCCCCGAGGACUGACUACAUGGCCAUGCUGGACAAGCGGCUGAAGAGGAUGGAGGAGCGCAUCAUCAAGGUUGUACCAAAAGCCGAGCAGGAUGCAAUCGCGUCGUCCGUGACUCGGGCCGUGGUCAAGCCGGCAAUCCCGGGUACACUCACUAGUGGGAAGGCAGCGGCUGCCAAGAAACGGGGCGCUGAUGAGGCCUUUGGCCCCGAUCUGGACCACUGGGCUCGCGCCCCGUCGAGGUCGAAGCUUGAUGGUCCCAACAAGCCCUCCUCGAUCUUGGUGCAGGAGGCCGAAGAAAGCAAACUGUUGCUUGAGGGAGGCGACGCUCUCCCUUCAAAGGAGAUCCAGGAGCACCUCGCCGAGGUCUUCUUUGAGAACAUAUACGGCCAGGCAUAUCAUCUUCUCCAUAAGCCUAGCUUUAUGAGAAAGCUCAGAGCCGGCGCCCUUCCCCCGGUCUUGGUCCUAUCAGUCUGCGCAAUUGCGGCACGCUUUUCCAACCACCCGAAGCUCAACACGCAUCCCAAUUUCCUCCGCGGGGAGGAAUGGGCCUCCGUUGCCCGUGAUAUUCUGACGAAACGAUAUGAGUGGCCCAAUAUUACCAUCUUGACGUGCCUGCUCAUCCUGGGGUUGCACGAGUUUGGCACGUGUCAUGGGGGACGAAGCUGGUCGCUGGGAGGGCAAGCGAUUCGCAUGGCUUUCGCACUCCAGCUUCACAAAGACUUAGAGCACGACCCGCUUCGAAUCACCGGCAAAACUCAACUCAGCUUCGUCGACCGAGAGAUUCGAAGACGGACAAUGUGGGCUUGCUUCUUGAUGGACCGUUUCAACUCGUCGGGGACCGACAGACCGACGUUCAUCCGAGAGGAGACGCUCAAGAUUCCGCUUCCUAUCAAAGAAAAGAAUUUCCAGUACGACAUCCCCGGUCCCACCGAAACGCUCAGCGGUCAGGUUCUUGAGCCCGUGACGGAGGGCCAGUCCACGGACGCCAAGGAAAACAUGGGAGUCGCGGCCUGGAUGAUCAAGGCCAUUACGUUAUGGGGCCGAAUCAUCGGCUACCUGAAUCAGGGCGGGAAAGAGCUGGAUCCUCACCCAAUGUGGAGUCCGGAUUCCGAGUACUCCAAGUUAAUCAAGCAGACCGAAGAUAUCUUGACCGAGCUGCCCGAGUCUUUGGUGUACACACCUGAGAAUCUUCACCUGCACGAGACGGACAACAUGGCCAACCAGUUUCUAUUCCUGCACAUCUCUAUCCAACAGAACAUUCUUUUCAUGAAUCGGUUUGCCGUAUCGCCACCAAGCGGCCAUUUGCAGCAAGAUGUGCCCAAGGCAUUCGUGACAAAGGCCGGGGCGAAGGCGUUCGCCGCAGCGAACAGGAUCUCGGAGUUGCUCAAGGAUGCCGAGUCGCAUUUUAUCACGGCUCCGUUCACAGGAUACUGCGCCUUUCUGUCUAGCACUGUUCACAUCUUCGGCAUAUUCUCCGGUAACCCCACGAUGGAAGCUACAUCGAAACGAAACCUAGCGACCAACGUCAGGUUCCUGUCCAAGAUGAAGCGGUACUGGGGCAUGUUCCAUUGGAUGUCUGAGAAUCUCCGGGAACAAUAUCGCACCUGCGCCGAUGCAGCUAGACAGGGAAAUCCUGCCAGCGAGAAUCCGUCAUCGCCAAUUUUCCAGUACGGGGACUGGUUUGAUCGCUAUCCGCAUGGCGUAUCGCAAUCUGAUUUCUUAGACCCUGCAUCGUACAAGAAGAAAGAGAAAGGGGACGACGCUGUGCUUGAGCAAAAGCCGGAACUUCACACUGUCGAAGAGUUCUUCACCACUCUCUCGCCGCGGAGCGCCGAGAAUGCGGCCGCCAACGGAAUCCCACGUCCCGGUCAGCCUGGCUCACAACUCAAACGAAAGUCCAUGGUCCGAAAAGCCAGCACCACCUCCCGCGCCGGUGGUCCCGACCAGGUCCUAGAACCCCUCCAGACAGACUUUGCCCGCCAUCAAUCUGCCACUGCGGAGCAGAUUCAUGCGGCGACUGCUCGCCUCCAGCCCCAGCGCGCCUUCUCUAACACGGCCAAUGGCACCCUCAGCGGAGGCCAACAACCGGCCAGCGGAUCAAACUCGUUUAACCCUUUAUCAGUUGCUCAUUCAGCUAACUCGUAUCACGCGCUCUCCCCCGUCUCGCCAGUUGCUGUAUCCCAUCACCUAUCCCGCCAUCACCAUCAUCCUCCGCCACCAGCAUCUUUCUUCUCCCCAGAUCCCUUCGCAAUGCCCUUGACCGCCGCCCACGGUAUGAGCCGCCUCGACCGUCAGCUCGUGUUUGGCGCAUACGGAGUUGGCGGGGUAGACCACCCAUCCAGCGGACUGGGCGGAGGUGGUCUUGCCGGGUGGGCAGAAGGUGCUGGUGAAGGGGGCGGUGGCCACGACAGACACGGGCAUGGAGGUCAUGGGCAUGGACACCCCCACCCUGCCGAUGCGGUCCUGAACGCUAUGUUUGGGGACCCUAGCUCGGCGUGGUUCAUGCCGUUCAAUAUGGAGCCGCCAGAGAUUGGGGCGGAUUUAGGGGGAAUAGGAGGACUGGAUGGGUUUGCAGCUGAGGAAGCCGGGGAGAUGUAG